AUAGCACACAAUUUGUUCAAUGACAAAGAAGCCGUCACGAAACACCCAUCGUUAUUAGUUUUAUAUCAUGUGUAUAUAAAUGUUGGGAACUUCAGAAUUUGUUUUGACUUUCAUAACGAAUCAAACGAAGGAUAUGAUUUGACGGUCAACACACUGAUGUGAGAUGAUCAAUGCCUCCAGAAAGUUUCAUAUUUGUAUCCUUCCUGUAGAUUGGUCACAUGGCCUACUGCAUAAUCAUCAUGGCGCUUUAUUGGAUGACGGAAUGCCUUCCUUUGGCUGCUACAGCCCUCCUCCCUAUCCUUCUCUUCCCGCUCUUUGGUAUCCAGAAGUCAAAAGAUGUUUGUAGUAACUACCUCACAGAUACCAACACUGUCUUCUUCGGGGGUUUGAUGGUGGCUGCAGCUGUGGAACGCUGGAACCUGCACAAACGAAUCGCUCUUCGAGUUCUGAUGCUUGUUGGUGCUAAACCAAGAUGGUUGAUGUUCGGCUUCAUGUUGACCACGGCUUUGUUGUCGAUGUGGAUGAGCAACACGGCAACGACUGCGAUGAUGAUCCCAAUUGCUCAGGCUGUCCUUAACGAACUCAAAUUUGACAAACACGACGCCGAGAUGGGCAAUGAUGUCGGGAAGGAUUCGAAAGAAAAGGAAAAACUUAGCAUUAAGAAUGAAAUUCAACUUGAUGAAAUUACAGCUGAUCACGUUGUUGAAGACUCAAACUCACACCCGUCGGAGAGCAAAAAGACACAUCUGCUCAUCGAAGAACCCCGCGGUGAGAAAGGAUAUCGUCUUCUCUGCAAGGCCAUCACUCUGUCCAUCCCGUAUGCCGCCAACAUCGGAGGCACGGCUACCCUGACAGGGACCGGGCCCAAUCUUGUCAUCAGUACACAGGUUGAAACACUCUUUGGUUCCGAGGCUGGUCUUAAUUUUGGUACCUGGAUGAUGUAUGCAUUCCCUGGCAUGGUUGUCUGUCUUUUCAUCUGUUGGAUCUGGCUACAGAUAAUGUACCUCGAUUGCUUUUGUCUAAAGAGAAGUGAUAGCGAAAUUGGGAAAGAACAGGAAGAGAAAGCGAAGAUGGUGAUCCGCAGAACUUACGCAGAGCUUGGUAGAAUGUCGUUUGCGGAAUGGGCUAUUCUUGGUCAUUUCGUGGUCCUAGUCAUUCUUUGGCUGGCAAGAGAUCCCAAGUUUGUCAGUGGCUGGUCGGUAGGCUUCCUAAAAGGGUACGUUACGGAUGCUACGUCGGUUAUAUUCAUCUCCUUGCUCCUCUUUGCCUUCCCAUCAAGGCUUCCUACAUUUUUAUGCCGAAGAAAUCGAGAUGGCGAUGAUGGACCAGAAGAUGAAAGGCCAGUGAAGAUUACCCCCAUUCUAACGUGGCCUGUUAUACACGAGAAAAUGGCUUGGAAUGUUAUUCUUCUUCUUGGUGGUGGAGCGGCCUUAGCUGAUGGUUGCAAGGUAUCGGGACUUUCUGCUUGGCUCGGAGGCAAAUUCUCGGUAUUUUCUUCACUGUCGCCUUCGGUAAUGGCUAUUAUCAUAUCAACAAUCGUAGCUAUCUUCACAGAGAUCACAAGCAACACAGCUACCGCCACUAUUUUCCUACCCAUCUUUGCUGAAUUGGGUAUAAGCAUCGGGGUAAAUCCGCUGUUUCUGAUGCUCCCGGCAGCUAUUGCGUGCUCCUUCGCCUUUAUGCUACCGGUGGCCACUCCGCCUAACGCCAUAGCAUUCGCUCAUGGUAAUCUCUCAGUACUUGAUAUGGUAAAAGCAGGAGUCGUGAUGAACAUCGCGUGUAUCCUGGUAUCCAAUCUUAGUCUCAAUACCUUGGGUGUGUGGAUCUUUGAUGUCAAUACAUUCCCUGCUUGGGCGAAUGUAACAGCAGCUGCAGUACCGACAUAACGGUUGACCGUCUCCAAGUAAUGACCUUGAUCGUGUUGAUGUGAUUGGAGACAACUUAAUUUUCUUCAACCCAUAGCUCAUCAGUGUCUGGUGGAUACAAGUUUUCGAUUAAGGAAGGAUAACUCCAAAUCAGAUUCAACUGGAUAUUCAUUCUAUUAGAAACAUGCAUUUAAAACUUGUUGUUUAUCUAUAACUACCAUGAUGAGAGAGUCUGAUGCAACUGGUGGUUGUAUUAUUUUGGUUUAUAAGACAAAAACACUCUGACCUGUCUGAGAUUCGUUGUGGAAACAUCUUAUAGAUAUUAACUUGGUCGUCAGGUGUAGUUCAAUUUUCUAUCUCAAAACCUAAGAACUGACUCUUUACAAGAUUCAAACAGCAGGUAAAGUUGUCAUAAUUAUGCAACAAACACAGUACUUCUUCCUGAAAGCAAAGGAACAAAACAAACAGCUAAAAACAAAACACAAAAAAUCCCACAGUCGUACACGUUUACCAUUGCCGGUAUACUGGUAUAAGUAAUUAUCGCAAUUUUUCUUUUUUAAAGACCUGUUAAAAGUGACCGGAUGAAAGGGUGAGUGUGUAAAUUUUUAAACACUAUUUUACAUCGCAUUUGAAUGGAAUGCAGUCGUUUCUUUAUAGAGUAAUGUAAAUGAUAUGACUAUGAACAGAGGUUGGGCCCAACUGGCUCUUAUGUUUAAUCAUUGUAAAUAAGUUAUAUUUUAGAGUUUAGCAUUCUGUUGGUCCGCCAACAAAUGAACAAAUGAAUAUGUUAAUGAGUGCUAAAUGAAAUUCCCAAUCUGCAGACUUAAAAUAAGGCUUCUAAAUUUGAAUUGUUUUGUUCACAAACGUUUCAUUGUAUUUUUUUUCUUCAAAACCUUAUAAGAAAUUCACCAACACUUAUCGAAAACAGCAAGGAUAUUUUAUGCAUGUUAUCUAGCACAAAACAUGUUUCAGUUGUAGGUAAAGUAAAAAUGAAUUUUUCUUUUUCAUCUCUUGAAAAAGAAAAAAAAAUCUUGAAAUGUAAACGUUUGAUUAGCCUUUUAAACUAUACCCAGACAUCUUUAAGUGAAGGCCGUAUCGUUGUAACAGGUUAUAUGAUAUUGGUUUUUCACUGUAUAUUUCUUUUUAUCAUAAAUAAGAUAUUUUCAUUCCUACACUUAUCUAUAAAGAUAAGUAUAAAUCUUAUGAAAAUAACAUAUUUGUUAUAUUGGCAGUGGUGGAUCCAGGGGGGGGGGCACAGCCGGCCCAUGCACCCCCCCCCCCCCCCCCUCUGAGAGCCAUAAUCAAAAUUUGUAAUGUAAAUAAACCGUUUUGACUCAAGUGUGCGCCCCCAGCCUUUGAAAGUGAGGACCUUUUUUCUUUUCUUUUUUGCUUGUCAAAUUUUCCGCGGACGAAAUGACCUUCAAUUUUAGAUGAAUACUCUUUUUUUUUUGCUUGCUUGCUUGUCAAAUUUUCAUCGGGAAAAUGUGCCUCCCCCCCUUUUGGAAAAUCCUGGAUCCGCCCCUGCAUAUUGGUGUAUGUUACAUAAGUAUUUAACAUUUAAUUACUCCCUCCGGUGGAUUGGUAUUUCAUAUUUUUACUGAAGACGAAAGUCUUUGGAUUUCAACGUGUUUAAUGAUUCCGUUGGUGUAUAGAAUGUUGAUUUGUCAUAUUGAGGAGAAAAUGAAUCACUUUUUAGUUCAAAAUUAUGUGUCAAAUUUGAUGUUCUUCUACCUCUCUUAAAUUUAUUCACUUCCUUUUCACAAGCCAGAAAGGACCUUUUCUUUGUUAAAAAAUACGAUGCAUCAUAAUAGGGACUAAAGACAUGAUGAAAUGAUAUGGAAUAAAUAUAGAUUAACAUGGUUCAUGAUGGAAAUUUUACUUAUGAAUUUCAUAUAAACCCCUCAAAAAAAGUUUGGAAAUCUGAGUUUGGCCAUUAAUUUCUCCAAAUUCCCAAUUCUACACAAUGCAUAUUUGACAUCAUUCAAAAGAUAAUUUAAUUUUCUUUAAAAUGAUACUAUGCUUGUUAUGAUCAUGCCAUCACGAAAAGAGCAGGAUUCAAAAGUGUUGGAUGAGGACUAAAUUGAAAAGCUGCAAAACGAGCAAAAACAGUUUGGAAAUCUGAAUUUGGCCAUUAAUUUCUCCCAACUCCCAAUUUUACACAAUGCAUAUUUGAUAUCAUUCAAAUAAUCAUUUAAUUCUCUUUAAAAUGAUACCAUGCUUGUUAUGAUCAUACCAUCACGAAAAGAGCAGGAUUCAAAAGUGUUGGGUGAGGUGUGAAUUGAAAAGCUGCAAAACGAGCAAAAACAGUUUGGAAAUCUGAAUUUGGCCAUUAAUUUCUCCCAACUCCCAAUUUUACACAAUGCAUAUUUAAUAUCAUUCAAAGGAUCAUUUAAUUCUCUUUAAAAUGAUAUCGUGCUUGUUAUGAUCAUACCAUCACGAAAAGAGCAGGACUCAAAAGUGUUGGAUGAGGUGUGAAUUGAAAAGCUGCAAAACGGGCAGAAAUAGUGAUGUAGGGUCAAUACAGAACAUGAUUCCUUUGUCUGUGUUAAUAGAGAUGAAAAUCCAUUCAAAUCAAGCCCCUGCUUCUUCAUUUUUAUGUUUUGUUGUGGUUUAUGUUGUGAUGGUUCUGUGAGAUAACAUGGUUUGAGUCGUGGUUUGAAAAACCCAUGCAUGUUUGUUUGUUUGUUGUUGUUUGUUUGCUUGUGCAGAGGUGUGUUUGAUUCCAUGUUAAUGUUGAUGUUAAGGUGCACGAAAACAGUUAAAAGAAACCGCUGAGAAACUCACUCAGUGACUUUCAAUAUUGUGUCAUUUUGCAACUUUUGAAUUUUGACUUUGCCCCACAUUUCAAGGCACUGCAUCUUAAUGUGAACCAUAAUCAUAUCAUGUAAGGUAUCAUUUUAAAGACAGAUAAAUGAUCUAUUCAUUGAUAUUAGUUACUCAUUGAUAUUUACUAAAACAGAGAAGGGAUUAUCGAUCAAAAUCAAAAUAAACCGCUGAGAAACUCACUCAUCACCACGGAAAAAAGAACAGUGACUUUCAAUAUUGUGUCAUUUUGCAACUUUUGAAUUUUGACCUUGCCCCACAUUUCAAGGCACUGCACCUUCAUGUGAACCAUAAUCAUAUCAUGUAGGAUAUCAUUUUAAAGAAAAUCAAUUGAUCUAUUCAUUGAUAUUAAUUACCCAUUGAUAUUUACUAAAACAGAGAAAGGAUUAUCGAUCAAAAUCAAAAUAAACCGCUGAGAAACUCACUCAUCACCACGGAAAAAAGAACAGUGACUUUCAAUAUUGUGUCAUUUUGCAACUUUUGAAUUUUGACCUUGCCCCACAUUUCAAGGCACUGCACCUUCAUGUGAACCAUAAUCAUAUCAUGUAGGAUAUCAUUUUAAAGAAAAUCAAUUGAUCUAUUCAUUGAUAUUAAUUACACAUUAAUAUUUACUAAAACCGAGGAGGGAUUAUCGAUCAAAGUCAGAUUUCCAAACUUUUUUUGAGGAGUUUAUGUGUAUUUCAACGAGUCUUUCAAUCGAUUCUCUCAACCUUGUCUUCUUAUUACUUUUCAUUUUCGAUGAUUACAUAAAAAUACUUUCCAUCUCUAUUUUGGAUAUAAAUUUAUAUUAUAUUACA